UAGAAUGAUUUCUCGGUGAUUGUAGGAGCUCCAUUCCUCCAGAUGCAUCAGGGUGAGAAGUAAACAGCGGACACCACGUGGAUGGGACAGUACUUCCUGUUUCAGAAGGAACGUGGAGACGAUUGAAGCGCUGCUGGUUUGCUGACUUCCUGGUUAUCGCUUGAAUCAGCUCAACUGGCCGUGAAUGACCGUAGUUAAAUAGCUCAGUGGCCGCUAUGGAUUACUUAAAAAUAAUAUCAGAGGUUGUAAAAGACAUGGUUCCUGUCAUCACCGGUGGUGUUUUCACUCUGGCCCUGCUAUCGUGUGUUGUAUUCUGUAUUCAAACGUACUUCAGCUUAACUCAGGGUUUCCUCAGUGUCGGUGCUGCUGUCUUCCAAAGUGGACACAUCCACAGACUCUUCUCAUUCCCCGUCUAUCAUAGAAGUUUAGCUCAGCUGCUCCUGAACAUCACAGCCCUGGUGUUCCUCUGUGGCAGCCUGGAGAAAGGUGUGGGCACCGUCCGCUUCCUGUCUGUCUUCCUGCUGCUGUCCACCACCACCGGCCUGUGCUACAGCUUCCUGGAUCUGAUGCUGCAGGCCGACAGCAGCCAGACUCACACCCACACCGAGGGCCUGCUCCCUGUGGCCCUGGCCUGUGUGGCUCUCACCACCAUGCACACCAAGGUGUCCAAAGGGUUCUUGUGUGGAGUCAGUUUCCCCGCCAUGGUUCUCCCCUGGGUGUUCCUCAUCCUCACCAGCGCCCUCUUUCCCCACUGUGUGCUCCCCUGUAAUGUCAUCGCAAUCCUGGUCGGGUGGCUGUACGGGAAAGGAUGGUUCUCUCUUCUGGAAGUGUCAGAGGCCAGGGCAGGUGUUGUGGAGAAGCUGAUGCCAUUCAGGCUGCUGAGGAGCCUCUGCGGUGACCUGUUUGUCCCUGCCUCCGCAGAAGAAAGGAGGAAGACCCUGCUUCCACAGAUCAAUCCAACACCAGGCUCCUACCCGGUCCAGGCUUACGCUCCAAUAUCAAGCGUUAACCCUGCUGCUACUGUGUCGUACGAAGGCUGGCCCAACUCAAAGAGUGCUCUGUCUGGUCCCACUCCUCUUCAUUCUCAUGGACAUGGACCGACACAUAACUUAGGACUCGAUCACGGCCACAGCUGCAAUCACAGCCACCACGCUCAUAGUCAUGGUCAUGUUUAGUUCUACACCCCACAUAUGUAUAGAAGCCAUAUCUUGUACUGCUUUAUUCUCCAAAACCACAAUAAGUGAUAGUGCACCUGCUGCAGCUCUUGUCACUAAGCUGUGUGGACUACAAAGUAAAAGAAAAAGGCAACUGACAAGAUGAUCGACCUUCUUGAAUGAUCAAAUGACAUUGAAUGUUUUAAUGUGUCAGGUGACAUUUGUGCAUACUUUUAAUUUUGAUAGUCUUUUGUAUUCUUUGUUUCUUAUUUCUGCAAAUAAAUACGUGCGUGUAUACGGCAUGAAAAAAUUUACCGUCUACCAGAUAAAAACUCUAAUUUACCCGUUGAAAACUGGAAUUGUGGCAGAAAGUCAAUUGAGCGGACAUUCUGUGAUUGGAAAUCCUCAAUUGACUGGGAAAAACAAAUGUUUCAACCCUACCAGAUCUUUAUAAAGUAUGAUAGAGGACAAGGUAUAACAAUAUGGGUGAAAUGCUGAGGUUGAUUACAUCCUGCUGAUG